AUGGCGUACUUCAGUCCCCAAUUCUCUUCCUCUCCCGUCCUUACCAUGUCUCCUCAACCUGCCCACCAGUCUCUGGGCAUGGCAAGCUUCGGACACCAUCACCACACUCCACCUCGAUUUGCCCCAAUUCCCAGCCAAUUUGCGGCAUAUCAGCCAGUCCGAUCUGCUGGAUCCGGCAAAAAGCGUUCCCGGGAAGAGGCUUCCGACAACCUCGAGCCUGAUGUCAAGUCCCUGCCAGUCGAAGAGCCUGAAGAGGAAUGGGUCUACGGCCCCGGCAUGACCCUCAUCAAGCCUAGCUCCCGCUACGUCACAGACGCGGGCACUCAGUCUGGCACCUGGGUUGAGGAGAAGAAGGCUGCCGAAGAUGCUGCCAUCAAGGAGGCUCGUUCUCUGAUCAGAAACCCCAAGUUGCAGCGCGUCUCCCGUGCCCAGCUAGCCGGUCCUACAGCCAGCGCCAAGUCCCCCAGCAAGAUCGACCUGAAGACUCCUUCCAAUGAGGGACCUACCAUCGACAACUUCACACUACACCUUGGCAUCGGCUGGCGCAGGAUCAGCGACGACGAGCACAUCCAAGCAGCUGCUCGUGGCUGGGCGCGUUUCAUCGAGAACCACUUCCCCGUCUCCAACGCCCGCAUUCUCCUUGAGAGCAACGGCCUCCAGUCCUACCUCGUGGAGGCCAAUGAAGGCUUCUUCCUCUUUGCCGAAAACCUCCGCCAGGGCCAACUCGUCAGCCAAACUGCUGAGGGCGCACUCCAAAAUCUUCAGUGCUCGCCACCCCGAUUCGACGGGAUGGAGACUCUUUCAGCAGCUGAAUCUCCUCGACCAGUCAGCGCCAGCCCUGAGCCUGACAUGGACAUGAAAAUGGACUAG